AUGUCUACCAAAGUGCCAACUGUGCUCUGCCUACUGCUCCUGGCUGGAGCUCUGACUGUGAGUCGGGGAGAGGAGUUUCCGCAGUGCGUGAACGUGGAGCCCGAGACCUUUGUGAUGGCCAUCGAAGACUGCGCCUCGUACAUCUACUGCAAUGGGGAGGACUCCUUCAGGGACAGCUGUCCGGAACACACCUACUUCGACGACAAGGCCCAGGAGUGUGCCUUCGACGAUGCAGGAUUCUGUCUCAGGGAAGCUCCCUCUGCCAUGGAGGAGACUCUGCAGCCAGCAGAGAGUGCCCCAGAGCAGGAGCACCCCUCAACUACUGGUGCACCUGAGAGUGUUCCUUCGACUGAGGCACCUGCCCCGUCUGUACCUGUGGGACGCCCACACUGUGACGCCUCCAGCGACAGCUUCCACCCCCAUCCGCAGCGGUGCGAGUACUUCUACCGCUGCCUCAGCGGCUAUCUGACAAUUGUGCGAUGUCCCUACAAGUACGGAUGGGACUCUCGCAAGCAGCAGUGCCUGCCCCUGGCGGAGGCUCAGUGCCACAGCUUAUAG